AGCGAUAAGGCUAACCAGUGGCGAGCCAGCACUCUAGAGCUGCGGAUCAGUGGCGAGUGGCAUAUGUAUAGAAUUAGCCGGAGCUUCAAGUUUCUGCCCAAAAUAAAAACAAGCCGCUUCUGGUCGAUGGUUACGUCAAUUUCAAUUCGCGUUCGAGUUCGAGUUCUCGUGCAGAUCUAACCUUGAAUGCUGAGCGAUGAGGUCGUGGCCUGGCCUUUUCUGGCUGCUGACCCUGGCGCUCCUGGCGGAUGGAGGUCGUCGCGAGUCCCAGCUCCGGAUCGGCAAGGCCAUCAAUAUAUUCCUGCGCUACGGCUACCUGGGCAUCUCCAUGCGGGUGAUACCGCUCAAUGAAAACCCCGAGCCGGAUCGCUGGGUGUUCAAGGAGCCCACCAAAAACAUCUACAGGAACCUGAGUGGCCUGGCGGAGAGCCAUGAAGACACCACACCCGGGAUCUUCCAUGGCGACUUCCACAUGGAGUUCUGCGAGAACCGGAGGCAGCUAUUCCAGGCCUAUUUCCGUGACUUUUCCAUCGAGCAAAUGGACAAGCCGUGGGAGGCAUUCGCGGGCGGAUGGUUUCCGGACAACGCGGCCAAGAAGCUGGGCAUCAAUACGUCCUUUAUCCAAGGCGACUACUCGUAUGUUUUGGUGAGGGUGGUCCGCUUCAGGGAAACAGGUCGUCUCAACGCCGAGAUUCCGGUACACCAGCCAUUGGAGCCGGAUGUGCAAUCGAGAAUGGAACAACUGCAAAUCGGAAACAUAACUUCUGCAGUGCGAUUCAUGGAGGACGUGGGCACCCACUACGUGAACUCGUACACCACCGGCAACUCGCUGUACCAGGUGUUUGUGUACAGCAGGAAGAACUACAGCAUGAUCAAGGAGCGAAUCAAGAGCAAAGGUCUGAACGGGCUGUCCAAGCUGGAUCUGUACAACUACUUUGCGCCCUGGUUUGCCACGCAUCUGGGCCAGAUUCGAUCGGCUAGUGCCAAUGCCACAGUGGAGAGAUGGGCGCGUAGGAAGCUGCAGUACGAAUACUAUGUGGUCAAGUAUGUGACACUGCUGAAGCUGCACGGUAACAGUACUCUGCUGCGAUCCCUGGACUCGCUGUUGGGCAACGAUGCCAUCCUGCAGCUGGACCUCAAGUCGCUGAAGCCCAUCUUCCGGGCGGAGCCGGAGAAGGAGAGCUGGUACCACGAGGUGCUCGACAACAAUGUGAAGCUCUGGGAGCUCAACAUGCCGCAGAAUCCGCCCAGCCGAUAGCUGCAUUUUGAAUAUAUAUACUGUGCGAUAUGUGCGAUAUGUGGCAGCCAAGGAUCAAUAGUUCCUAGAUGCUUAGUUGUAGUUAGGAACCUCUAGUGCGUAGUUAAUGUUCUGCCUGUGAUAGUUUUAGGUAGUUUAAUUGAACCAGAGUACACAUCUGACUUGCAUUUCAGCUGACUAGCCCGUAAGAUCGCCUUAUUGAUGUACUAGUUUUUUAAACUUUAAUACAAAAUGAUGAUAAAAGUAAAA